GGAGGAGGCUCCUCCCCGACAACAGUUCCCGACCUCCGACGAGAUCUCAAGCUGCCACACUAAAGAGGAACAAAAAGGCGAUCUGACAGCGGUUUUCUGCACUCCUCCACUUUCUCCGGGGUAGUCACGGGAUUUCAAUGUUCAGCCUGCUCUUCGGUUUCUGUGUUGACUUGAGCUGUACCUAUAUGGCGUGUGUGAGCGGAGAGUUCUGCCAGGCACAGCACCUCACCUCCGUGGAGAAGUGAAUCGGCCGCCCCCCGAGGGACUACGCUACCCAGAAACCCCCCUGACUGCCAGCACACUAGGAACUGCUGACUUUCCCAAAGGCCCCCUGGGAUAUUGCGUAGCCCUUGGCCUGAUUGCUCUGCCCUGUCCCAACCAAUACGAAAAACCUUUUCUUUCCACUUUCUCCUUGAACAGCCAAUCACAAACAGCUCUCCUGAAUGGGCCGUCUCGCCAACAUGAACCGCCCCGCUGCAGUCGAGAUUGCCUACGAGUGCAUGAGGUUCCUCAUCACCCACAACCCCACCAAUGCCACACUUAACAAGUUCACUGAGGAACUGAAAAAGUUUGAGGUGAACACUCUGGUGAGAGUUUGUGAUGCCACCUAUGAUAAGGCUCCAGUAGAGAAAGAGGGCAUACAGGUCUUGGAUUGGCCUUUCGAUGAUGGUGCCCCUCCUCCCACCCAAAUUGUGGAUGACUGGCUCAAGUUGCUCAACACCAAAUUUCGAGAGAAACCUGGCUGCUGCAUCGCUGUGCACUGUGUGGCAGGGCUCGGCCGAGCUCCAGUCUUAGUGGCCUUGGCCCUCAUUGAGUGCGGGAUGAAGUAUGAGGAUGCUGUGCAGUUCAUAAGACAGAAGAGACGUGGAGCCUUCAACUCCAAACAGCUUCUUUACCUCGAGAAAUACAGACCCAAAAUGCGUCUGCGGUUCAAGGAUAACAACGGCCACAACUGCUGCGUGCAGUAGGCUGCCUGUCAGUGCAUCUUUCUUAUGCGCAUCUAGUGGGGAAUCUUCCAAUAAGGGAGAUAUUAAAACAAAAAAACAAACAAAAAAAAGAGUGCUAUCAGUAAUUAUUGUGAUGAUUUGUUAACACUGAGUCAUGAUUAAUUGAGAGGAAGCGAGUGAUCAAAUGAAUGAAGCCAGAUCUGGGGAUCCACCAGCCGAACCAAUGAAUGGAAGGUUAAAGCACACAGAUAGGCCCGCCUCCCGGUUAUACUGUUCAACCACGGGCUAGAAUUUUUCAACUUGAGUCCAUCCUGUUUUUUUUUUUUUUUUUUUUUUUUUUUUUCUUUUCAAUUGUAAUCAUGGGAUAAACGUUUCCAUUUUGUGAAUGCUUAUUUUUACACAAACAUGGUGAUGAAAUGAUAUAUUCUCAUUUUUAUUUCCACUGAUUAUUGAUAUUAUAAUUAGGCCAGAAUGAUGUACCUUUUUUAAAAACAUUUUUUAAACUCUGAACACACAUUGUGACUGUCUUUUUUGCACAAAACUCAAAGGUUCACCUGAAAAAUGCAGUAAUGUUUUACCCUUCACUUAAUGUCACUUUCAGUUUAGGGGUUCACUGAGUUUGAAUAUGUCUGUAAUAUUUAUUCACAAGGUGUGUGUGUGUGGUAGUUAAGAGUUUGGUGGGGGCAAGGACACUUUGUUAUCCAAUAGUUUUGUUUUUUGUUUUUAUUUUUAUCCUUUUUGAGAGCCAUGUCAUUUUUUUUUUUUUUUCUUUUUGUUCUUUUAAAUCUUGUUGGAGUGCAAUAAUCAGUCCACCUCAGAUAAGUCCGCCAAACCCUGCUGAGCGUCCUGCACACACAUACACACACAAACUUCAGAUUCUUAUCCAGGCAGUAAAAUAAUGUAACUACUACAACAGGUACUUCUGAUUUCACUGUCUCCCCAUUGGGGCUACAAUAGGACUCUUUCCAAAUAUGCAUAUUUAAACUCGUACACAGAGCCUAAGAUCCAAUCUGAAAGUCAAGCUGGAGAAGAAUGAAAGUGGUCAGUUUUUUAUCAUUGUACCCAUUUUGAAAACAUCCCCAAUUCGUAUUGGUUCUUUAAAGAUAAAUAAAUUCAAAUAAAAAAGCAAA